UCUAGCUGGUCCUAACUGAUUCUAACUGGUCCUAACUGGUUCUUCGGGUCUGCCGGGUCGAGUCCGGACAACAUUUGGGCCGAACCUGAAGCUUGAACUGUUUCUGAACCAGAAGGUGUUUGUUUAACGUUGAAUGCAGCAGGCAGGCGGAGCGGAGAAAAACUGACAGGCAGGAGAAGAGGAGACGAGUUUCCUGAAGGUGAUCCAGGCUCCAGACUCUCGGAACCCGGAACCAGGCGAAGCGGAGCGGCGGCAGGAGAAGCUAAUGGAGGCUAACUGACGGGGCUCGGCUGGACGGUCUGCGGUACUUUAGCUCCACGAUGCCCGUCGGAGUGUGUGGCUGCUGCGGGCCCCUGAGGCCCCGCUACAAGCGUCUGGUGGACAACAUCUUCCCAGAGGAUCCCAAAGAUGGCCUCAGUAAGUCGGACAUGGAGAAGCUGACGUUCUACGCCGUGUCGGCGCCGGAGAAGCUGGACCGGAUCGGGGCGUACCUCGCCGACCGGCUGAGCAGAGACGUGGUGCGGCAUCGCUACGGGUACGUGGUGAUCGCCAUGGAGGCGCUGGACCAGCUGCUGAUGGCGUGCCACUCCCAGAGCAUCAAGCCCUUCGUGGAGAGUUUUCUGCACAUGGUGGCCAAGCUGCUGGAGUCCAGAGAACCGGACCUGCAGGUUCUGGGAACAAACUCGUUUGUGAAGUUUGCCAACAUCGAGGAGGACACGCCUUCCUACCAUCGCCGCUACGACUUCUUCGUCUCCCAGUUCAGCGCCAUGUGCCACUCGACUCACGAAGACCCGGAGACCAGAACCAGGAUCCGAGUCGCUGGGAUCAGAGGACUUCAGGGAGUCGUGCGGAAAACUGUGAACGACGAGCUGCAGGCCAUCAUCUGGGAGCCUCAGCACAUGGACAAACUGAUUCCCUCCAUGCUGUUCAACAUGCAGGACGCCGAGGACCUGGACAGGUCGGGGCAUCCCAGCACGCCGUCCGUGUCGGGUCAGGAGGGCGAGGAGAACCCGGCGGUUCUGGCCGAGAACUGCUUCAGGGAGCUGCUGGGCCGAGCCGCGUACGGAAACAUGAAGAACGCCGUCCGGCCCGUGUUGGUUCACCUGGACAAUCAUCACCUGUGGGACCCGAAUGAGUUCGCCGUGUCCUGCUUCAGGAUCAUCAUGUUCUCCAUCCAGGCUCAGCACUCGCACCACGUGAUCCAGCAGGUUCUGACCCACCUGGAGGAACACAGGAGCACUCCGCGGGUCAGAGCCGGCAUCGUCCAGGUUCUGCUGGAGACGGUGGCCAUUGCUGCAAAAGGAUCUGUGGGUCCGACGGUCCUGGAGGUCUUCAACACGCUGCUCAAACACCUGCGGAUGAGCGUGGACUUCGAGCUGGGCGACGGCUCCAGGAGGAACUCCGGCAGCAGCAUGUCGUCAUUGCACGGCCGGGAGAGCGACGAGCGCAUCGUGCAGAACGCCAUCAUCCAGACCAUCGGGUUCUUUGGUGGAAACCUGCCAGAUUACCAGCGAGCCGAAGUCAUGAUGUUCAUCAUGGGGAAGGUGCCGGUGUACGGGACGCCGUGCCACACCUUGGACACGGUGAAGAUCGGGCCUCAGGGAACCAAGAGGAUCCAGACGAUGCUGCUCAGUUCCCUCAUCAUGGUGACCUCUGGGUUCAAGUCCAAGUCCAUGUCGGCGGCGCUGCCUCCUCCCUUCCUGGACCCGCUCUUCUCCAUCUCGCUGAUGGAGGACAGCGAGUUGAGGCAGCUGGUCCUCGAGAUCCUCCACAACAUCAUUGAUCGCCAUGACAACCGCGCCAAGCUGCGCGGCAUCAGGAUCAUUCCCAACGUUGCAGCUCUGAAGAUCAAAAGGGAGAAAAUAUCCAAACAAGAUAUUGCGUUCAUGAAAAAGCAUGGCCAGCAGCUCUACCGCCACGUCUACCUGGGCUGCAAAGAGGAAGACAACGUUCACAAGAACUUCGAGCUGCUCUUCACCACCCUGGCCGUCCUGACCAUCGAACUGGCCAACGAGGAAGUGGUGAUCGACCUGAUCCGCCUCGCCAUCGCGCUGCAGGAAAUGGCUCUGAACAACGAGGAGAACAUGUCCAUGUUCAUCCGCUGCGGCAUCAUGGCGCUGGUGGCGGCGUACCUCAACUUCCUGAGUCAGAUGAUCGCCAACCCGCCGUUCUGUCAACACGUCAGCAAGGUGAUCGAGCUGAGAAACAUGGACGCUCCGUACCUCCUGCCUGAACACAUCUUCAGAGACAAGUGUCCCCUUCCUGAGGCUUUGAACAAAGACGACAAGCCGCUGUAUUUCCAAACGGCGGGCAUGGCAGAGUCCCUGGCAGGUCCAGGAUACAACGUGGAGAGGUUGUCCAUCCCUUACAUUCCCCAGGUCACAGAUGAAGACCGUAUGAACCGCAGGAAGAGUUUUGUGGACGCCAUCUCCCUCCAGGUGGACAUCAUUUCCAACAGCCUGCCAGACAAGCAGUCGGAGCUGGCUGAGGAGAUUACGUUCGAGACUCUGAAGAAGGCCAUCGAUACGACCGGCUUGGAGGAGCAGGAGAGGGAGAAGAGGCGUCAGGUGAUGGAGAAGUUCCAGAAAGCUCCGUUUGAGGAGAUCGCUGCUCACUGCGAGUCCAAGGCCAACUUGCUCCAGGACCGCCUGGCUCAGAUCUUUGAGCUCACCAUCCGGCCGCCGCCCAGCCCGUCCGGCGUGGUUUCCAUCUCGGCGGGUCACACCCAGCAUCCGUCCAUUCCCGUCUACGAGAUGAAGUUCCCGGAUCUGUGCGUCUACUGAGCCGCUUGGACGUCAACGAGGGCAACCUCCGCUUUUCCUCCAAUCAGCACGCCGCCAGGCGGCAGGGAGCCAAUCAGAGACUCGGACAUGCGGCGGGCUGAACCGGCCGCACGUCGUUUCUCCGAUUCACGUCCCUGAACCCAACGGUCAAAUACAACAAAACCAGAACAAUGCAAACCGCUUUACGCUCCUUGUUGAUGUCGAUGCUUAAGCUUCACGCUGUGUAGAAAAACUAAACGAUCCUGUUGGAUCCAAACCGCCUGCAGGUUUUACCAGCUGAUCGAUCGUCUGUGUUGACUCAGAAAAACACGAAAAGCAAUCAGUUCAAACGGCUCAUGGUUGGUGAAACGGAUCCAGCUUUUAUUCCUGAAGCUUUUUAAGGAUUUGAAGAUGAACAAAAUCAGAACUUUUACAAUGAUUCUUGGAUUAAAAUUUGGCCAAAUUUGAAAUGUUAGUAUUUGUUCAAUCCAGGAAGUCGGUGAAAUGGGAUUUUGUCUGGCAGAUUUUCCAGGAAUAACUUAGAAAUAAACUCAAUUAGUUCAUUUUUCUGAAGCAAAGUCGAGAACAAAAUGAUAAAAAUGUUCAGUUUUAAAAUGACAUGCAAGUAUAAUGAAUAUAGUGAUGUUAAAAUGAAUGUAAUUCCAGUUUAAAUCUGCCCUCUGUGUUCAGACACAAAACAGCCACUAGAAGUGUUGGUGUGAAAUCCCUUCAUAUUUAGGUUUUUAAGGAUAAAAUAAAACCUUUACAUAUUUCACUGGUGAAAUAUGAUGAAAUAUUUUAGGUCUGAUGGAAGAAAUAUGUCUUUGGAUUUUAAUGUUUGACCAAAAUAAGCAGAAAAGCUUCAACAUUUUGCAUCAUUAAGCAGAAUUAUCAAGAAUUACAGAUUUUAUUAACCUGGAAAUAAAAAUCCAAUAUGGCUGCCACGUAUUUAACCAAGUGGAAGCCAUCAUUCAUUUUUUUCCACCCAUCGCCAUCAUGCAGUUCAGCACAGGAACCACAGGGGGCAGCGCAUCACUAUUUACGGACUUAAAGCUUUAGCUUGGUGGCUACUGCCUGACCAGCUAACUGGCUAAUGAUGCUACGGCUCUACCGAAGCGUUUACUUCUAGUUCUCGGUUCACCAGGCGAGUUGGGAUUAAAACAUCUGGAUUAUUUCCAGAUUAUAAAAUGUGAUCAACCCUUUAAAUCAAAGAUGCAUCGAUAUUCCUGGAUCUUCUUACAGCUGGUUUAAAACGCUGGAAAAUCUUAGAGGUUGUUGUCAUGGCUGCUAAACCCAAGAGUGUAAAGUUUUUCGAAGUGGGUCGGUUCUGAGUGUGGAGGUUCCUGAGGUUCUGGUCGGGCUGCAGCUGGUUCUGGUUACCAGAACAUUCCUCUGGUCUGAUCAGACAUGAGCAAUCGAUCCGGGGCGCAUCCAGCUGGAUCAGAACCGAAUCGUUUCUGGUGGUUCUGUACGUUGAGCUCGGAUUCCUGAACAGUGAAAUUUGAUGGUUUUUAUUCACCAACCUGAGCCUGUUAAAGCAUUGGAUUCAUUACUUUAACUAGACCCAUACCAGCAGAACAUCUGUGGGAACGUAUUCAGAACGAACCGCUGAGUUCGGGUCCAAAAGAUGGAAACGGAUUAACAUGGGAGUUCCUGAAGGUGCAAUACCAACCAUGACCACUAGGGGUGGGAGCCCUUAUUGACUAAAGUUAAAGCAAAUGAACUGACAGGUUAAUUAAUAUUAAAGUUAAUCCAGUUUAGUUUCUGAAUUAAAUCUAUAGUGAAUAUUUUUCAGUGUUUCUCGACGUUCAGCCUGGUUCUUCUCCACCAGAGGAUUUCCAGAAUCUAAAGUUCUGGGCGGUUUUUACCUGAGAUCCCAGAACUUCAGGUUCGGUUUGUAAUCUGAGGUUCUGGUCGAGGACGGGCUGCUGUCCGGCUGCCAAGAGUUUGAUCACAAAGCAUCGACAUCAGUCUAGUAAUAUUAAUUAGUAAUAAUUGAUCUGUGCAGGUUCGGAUCGUCCACCAGCGUCUGUACAGAAACCUGAUCCAAAGCAUUCAGAUCCAACUGGAGCAAACUGAGCCGUUUGUGAAACCCGAUCCGUCCAGAACCCGACGGUUUACCGCCUGGCCGGGUCCGGCCCGGUCCGGUCCGGUCCGGUCCGGUGACUGGCUGGUUUGAGACGUGGCUGGAAACGUGAUGAAUGUUGCUGACUCAGCAGAUGGUAUAUUUUUGUACAUUUCAUGCUUCAGUUGCUGCCUGGUAGAUUUCAGACAUAUCAUUGAAAAAAAUGCUGAAUCAUUGAAAAAAUGCUGAAUCACCGUUUCUUGUUGUUUGUCGUCGCUUAGCAACUGAAUCCAAUCACGAGUCUGUCUCUAAUCGUAGCGAUUAUUUUGAUGAAAAUUAGCUCUUAUAGAUUUUUAAUUUCGGUCUAAACAUUUUAUUUAAUUGGUGUUUUGGUCAGAAAUCACCAGCAGACCCCCCGGCCCCCCACCGGGGUUCAGAUCACUCUUUGCUUUUUGCACAUAAAGUUUGUCAGUAUUAGUUGCUGAGUGGAGGAGAGAUCAGCUCUGUCAAACCCAAAUGGAUCGCGGUUCCCCUUGUUUGCACUUAAAACUGUUCUGAGGCACAAAAACGGUACGAAUGGAAAAGUUUUUACUCUGAAUGUUCAGCUGGUCGACCUCGAGGCCCGAUUGGACCGGCCUCACUGCGGGACGCCGCCGGGAUGGCGCCGCCUCGUUUCAUGGUCUGGUGCAGCCGUCUGUGUUCUUGUUGUAGAGAAACGUCUCGUCUCUGUUCACCUUCAGAGUUGUUAAUCAGUGAGUUAUGACCACUAGGUGGCGCCGAGGCUCAGCUCUUCCUGCAGGUUCAGGAAAUGAUGUCGUUUUGGUUCAGGGCUCUAAGCUGACGGUGGAUGUUUGGGUUUUCUCUUCUCGUUUCCUGAGCUGCAGCAGAGCCUCGGCGUUUCCAUCACGUCUCACAAUGUGUUGAAAUUUAAGAUUCAAAUUAAAAGUUUCUAUUGAA